UGCUGUCUCUUGUCAUGUGUAGUUUUGCUCUGUUAUGCCCUGUGCCGCCCUGCGCGUCCUGGAACUGUACCCUAUUGGAUUAUUUCUGUUGGAUAACACUGUUCUUUUGGAUUAUUCACCUUGCUUUCUUUGGAUUCAGCCACUCUACUUAACUCAAGACAAUGAUGGAGAUGAACGGUACUUCUUCCUUUCACGUCAACGCAACAGAAGGCUCUGGAAAAAAUAUUUCAAAUAAUACUGACAAGUAUGCUGACAUAAGACAGUCUCUCUACACCAUGUCGUUGAUCAUUUACUGCCUGGCCUUUGUUCUCGGUGUGCUCGGGAAUGGAGUGGUUAUCUGGAUGACUGGGUUCAAGAUGAAGAAAACAGUUAACACUGUUUGGUUCCUCAACCUUGCUGUGGCCGACUUCCUCUUCACAGCAUUCCUGCCCCUGAGUGUGACAUACCUGGCUUUGAAGUUCCACUGGCCUUUCGGCAAGUUCAUGUGUAAGCUGAACAGCACUGUAAGCUUACUGAACAUCUUUGCCAGUGUCUACAUUCUGAUGGUGAUCAGCGUGGACAGAUGUGUGUCUGUGGUGUGGCCCGUCUGGGCGCAGAACCACCGCAGUGUACAGAAGGCGUCUGGUGUGAGUCUGGGUGUUUGGGUACUGGCUCUGAUUCUUAGCGCUCCAUACUUCAUCUUCAGGGACACUACGCCAUCACAUAACAAUGUCAACAUCAUCAACUGCUUCAACAACUUUGCCUUUUCCAAUGAUUAUGAAACACCGUCUGUGAUUCAGCUACGACAGUUUCGACAUCAGGCCAUGACCAUCACCCGCUUUCUCCUGGGAUUUGUUGUCCCCUUCACUGUCAUUGUCUCCUGUUAUGCUGUAAUUAUCCAUCGUAUCAGAAGAAACCGCACUCUGGCCAGCCAGUCAAGUCGCCCCUUUAAGAUCAUCGCUGCUGUUAUCACCACUUUUUUCCUGUGCUGGGCUCCCUUUCACAUCAUGGCUCUUAUUGAGAUGGUGAGUCUGACGGCUGCUAAUGCAAGUGAUACUUUAACUCAUGUCACCACUAUAGGUAUCCCUAUAGCCACCAGCCUGGCCUUUCUCAACAGUUGCCUGAACCCACUGCUGUAUGUGUUCAUGGGCCAAGAUUUCAAGGAUAAAGUCCGUAAAUCCAUCCUGAAUGUGUUCGAGACUGCCUUCCAGGAGGAGGGUACAGGCUCUCACACUGACACAAGGUCAGGGGACACCAGUCUGAGCAAAGGGAUGUCAAUUCUUAAUACUGAGGUAUAAGGCUGUCCAUGACAUGAAGAAAAAAAAAUGUGAAACUGCACAUAGAAAAUGUAACUGUAUGUAACAAAUAGCUUUUAUGUUAGCUUUUGUUAGGGUUUGUUUUCAAGGACCCUAAUGGUGAUCUGUAUACAUCAUCUCACUGUACCCAUAAUGCGGCUAUAGGUGAUUGUAAAACGGAAUUUCCUGGACAAAAUAUUGCAUCAGUCAUUUUAAAAUAGGCAUUGCAUUUUAUGGUUAAGUCUGUGUAACACAAGCAACAAAGAAAGAAGAAAUAAGGACUGGUUAACAAAGGGGAACUUUGUCACACCCACAACAGAUUGGGAUGACCAUUUCCUUGCCUGUAUGUGACAGCAAAGGAUUCACCCAAACAAUACAAAUCCCAGUUGUUUAUAGGCCAUAAUUACAGACUUGGCAAUUAAAAGGCUGACAUAUCGGCAUCACAAAUAACAUAGUAACAAUGGCAGUGACAAAUAACGCAUCUAUCACUGAAAAAACCUUGAUGCCAUCAGUCUACAUUCUUGCCUUCGACCAUGCAAAUGGAUUCACCUGAGUUUUGACUGCUUGUUUGAUAAACAUUUAUACUUGUAUUUGUUGUAGGGAAAGGCUAAAGCUAUUAGUGUUAUGUUUGUAAUGUAGCAGCUGUUCAGUUUACUUGGCUUAGGUGUCUAUCAUUUUUUAACCUUCAGACAUGUAAGACUGUGGGCAUAAAUAUUGUAACAUGAACCUGUCUAUGAAAGCUUUAUUGUGAUGUAUAUGAUUUUAUUUUUAUUUGCAUUAUAAAUGAUGAUGAUUAUGAUGA